AUGCAUUACUUUCGCUUAUCCAGUCUUUCGGGGGCGCUGGUUUUGAGCAUUAUCGUCUCCUUCGCCGUCCCGCCAACACUGGGUGUCGCGCUACCAUCAAGCGACGAUAACAGCGAAACAGACGCGGCAUCAUCAUUAUUACCUGCGUCUUCUCCUUAUGGAAGUGCUUCUCGGGUACGGGCGCGAGACGGCAAAUGGAGCGACCUCGACAACAAGUGGAGCGAUGUCUUCCACCUGUCCGGCCGCAAGAAUUACAAGCGGCAAUACACCAACUGCAUGUGCGGGUACGCGCCAGGUCUCCCUCCUAGCGAUACCCCGGAUUUCUGGGCGGGUUGGACGAAGUGCAACGGGGAUUGCAGUAGGAAGCUGGUAGUGUCGGACAAAAUGCUCAAGUCCGUCAAGGAUUGGUACCAGGAUAGUGCCGGAAACGAGAAAAUGUUGAAACACCCGUGGCCUCCCACGCCGGUUUGUGACGCGGUAAAAGAGAACAGUGAGGAGUGA